AUGAGCAAGACGGAAUAUAUCCGGCAAGAAUUUGGACUGUUGAACAUAGAUGGACUUGAGUAUCACCGUUGGAUGGCUGAUGUGAAGAUCGCUUUUGUGGCAAAAGAAUGCACCCACACCAUCAAACCCUCUACUGACAAAGAUGUUGUCCCAGCAACUGAAAAAGAAAAGGCUGAAGCCCUCCGAUAUUUGAAGGCACAUAUUGACCCUGAUCUCCUUUGGGGAUACCAACACAUAAUGUGUCCUAAAGAACUGUGGGAUACACUAGAAAGCCGUUUUGGGAGCAUUGAGGAUUGCCUUCUCCCACAAUUGAAUGAACAGUGGAAUGACAUCCGGUUUCUUGAUUAUGUGAAAGUAGGUGAUUUCCAAAUAGAUAUGCUUAAUCUACAAGCACACCUCAAUUUCUGUGGGAUAAAACUUACAGAUAAAGAUAUGAUUCAAAAGACAUUGUCUACUUUCCCUUUGUCAUAUGUUAUUCUAGCCGACCAAUACCGCAUAGAAGUUGAUAACAAGAGAAUAACAACUUUCAGCAAGUUGAUCAACUUAUUGCUGGUGGCCGAAAGGCACGAUGAAGUUCUAGCAAACAACAAUGCUAGAUCCCCCGGGAAGAACAAAAUUCCCGAGGCUAACUAUGGCAAGGAUAGCAAGGGAAAACACCCCAAAGAAAAGAGGGUUAAAAAUGCUGAUUCCUAUUCCCAUGCUCCAUACUCACGUGGGAAUAAUAGCCCACGUGGAAGAGGACAAAGGGGUCAUCGUGGAAAGGCCAUGGGCGUGGAGGCCAUUCAAAUACAUGGUCUAGAGAUGUUACUUCUGGACCUAGCGCUAGGGGCAACACUGUUAAAAAACACAUAA